AUGAAGUCCGUUCUCGCUGCCUCCCUGGGUCUCGCGACCCUGGCUUCUGCCAACAAUGUCUACCCCCAGCACCCCCACUUCAACUACCGCCGACAAAACACCACGGCGAGCGCCGGUGAGCAGCUCACCACACUGACCGUCCUGACCACCUCCGUCCGGACUGUCAUCAGCUGUGCCGCGACUGUCACCGACUGCCCGGCCAACUCCGCCUCCCUGACCAACCUGGCCUCCGUCGCCCCCGAGCAGGUCUCCACCGUCCUGGUCACCGACGUGAUCCAGCUCGCAACCACCAUCUGCCCGGUCACCGCCGCCUCUGGCAUCUCUUCCAGCGUCAUCUCCGUCGCUGCCACCGGUGGUAUCACCGGUACCACCAUCACCGGCACUACCCCUGGCGCCAUCCCCGUAGCCACCCCGGCCCCAACCGGUCAAUACUCGAACGGAACCAUCCCCACACCUCCCGUGACCGCUUCGUCACCCGAGGCCUCGACGCCCGCUGAGGGCGACGAUGAGGAUGAGUGCGAGCCCGAUGUGACCACUGUCGUCUCCACUUCCGUGGCCACCCUGACCUCGGGCAUCCCAGUCACUGUCACUCUCACCAACGGUGGCGGCUCUGGAAACGGUGGCGGUGUUGAGGUCAGCACCUCCACCUCUUUCACCACCUUCGUCACUGCCAUCCCUGUGACCAAGACCGUCAUCAACACCGAGUCUUCUCCUGAGUCAACCGGCGAGUCUUCCCCUGUUGAGGGUGGAUCUGGCGAGGGUAGCGAGGGAACCACCAUCUCUGGCACCACCACCACCACUGCCACCUCCACCGGCACCAAGACCGCCACUCUCACCAGCACGCUGCCCAAGACCACUGGCGUCGACACCAACAACAACUCCGGCACCGGCUCUGGCUCCGGCUCCGGCUCCGGCGCUGAGGGCACUUGCGUUGCUGAGACUAUCACCGUUACCAAGGAGGGCCCCACCGUCUACGUAACCGUUGGCGCUGCCACCCCCACCGGCGCCUCCAGCGUUCCUCUGGCUGCCAACGCUGCCGUCCCCACGACCGCUUCCGCCUCUUCUCCCGAGGCCUCGUCCCCUGCCGAGACCGGUGAGGAUGACGACACCUGCGAGGACGAUGGCACCGACGACUCCUCCGCCGACGAUGGUGAGGAUGACACCUGCGACGAGGAGCCCGAGGAGACCGUCACCGCCACCGUCGUCCCUGUCCCCACCGGCACCAACGGUACUGGCUCUGCCUUCCCCACCGGCGCCGCCCUGAAGAACCGCUUCGCCAAGAUGCACUAA